AUGGUGUUAAAGUCUACAUCUGCCAGUGAUAUCUCUGUAUAUCAAGUUUCCGGCACCAAUGUAUCCAGAUCGCUGCCGGACUGGAUAGCGAAGAAGCGCAAGCGCUCGCUGAAGAACGACCUGGAAUGGCAAAAUAGAGUCGAGCUAAUACAGGAUUUCGAGUUCAGUGAAGCGUCCAACAAGAUCAAGGUGUCGCCCGAUGGGCAGUACGCGAUGGCAACGGGCACUUAUAAGCCGCAGAUCCACGUAUACGACUUUGCAAACCUGUCGAUGAAGUUCGAGAGGCACACGGACGCCGAAAACGUGGACUUCGUGAUCCUGUCGGAUGACUGGACCAAAAGUGUGCAUCUGCAGAACGACCGGAGCAUACAGUUUCAGAACAAGGGUGGAAUCCACUACACGACGCGGAUUCCGAAGUUUGGACGGAGCUUGUGUUACAACAAGGUCAACUGCGACUUGUACGUCGGUGCCUCCGGCGAUGAACUUUACCGACUGAACCUCGAGCAGGGCCGCUUCCUGAACCCAUUCAGGCUUGAGGGCGAGGGCGUGAACCACGUCAGCAUAUCUGACACAAAUGGGCUGUUAUCUGUCAGUAUGGAGAGCAACGUGGUCGAAUUUUGGGAUCCGCGCGCGCGUACCCGCGUCACCUCCCUGCACUUGGAGAACCAGCUUGAUUCUGCUCCAUUCCAGGUAACUACCAGCAGCUUCAGAGGCGACGGACUCAACUUUGCAUGCGGCACCUCCAGCGGCUACACCUACUUAUAUGAUCUUCGUAUGUCAGAUCCUUUGAUGAUGAAAGAUCAGGGCUACGGUUUUGAAAUUAAGAAGAUCAUUUGGCUAGACAAUGUCGGAUCAGACAACGAUGCUAAUAAACUAUUGACGUGCGACAAACGUAUUGCGAAAAUAUGGGACAGGAACACCGGCACGCCUUACACAUCCAUGGAACCAAAUGUUGAUAUCAACGAUAUAGAGCACGUUCCGGGCACGGGCCUCUUUUUCACAGCCAACGAAGGGAUUCCUAUGCAUACCUAUUAUAUCCCUGCGCUAGGGCCAGCGCCAAAAUGGUGUUCUUUCUUGGAUUCGAUCACAGAAGAGCUUGAGGAGAAGCCUAGCGACACUGUCUACUCUAAUUACAGAUUUAUUACGAAGGAAGAUGUCAGGAAAUUGAAUCUGGCGCAUCUCAUUGGCUCCAAAGUUUUGCGGGCAUAUAUGCAUGGUUAUUUCAUUAAUACAGAGCUGUACGAUAAGGUUUGUCUGAUUGCGAAUCCAAACACCUACAGAGAUGAGCGCGAGCGUGAAAUCAGACGGAGAAUCGAAAAAGAACGCGAGUCUCGGAUCAGAACGUCCGGCGCCGUCACAAAGGCCAAGGUCAAGGUUAACAAGGGUCUUGUUGAUAAGCUGGCAGAGAAGCGUGGUGGCCAGGCCGCAGAGAAGAUCCUGGAGGAUGAACGUUUCAAGGAAAUGUUUGAGGACGAGGAUUUCUUGGUCGACGAGGAUGACUAUGAUUACAAGCAACUGAACCCCGUUAAGUCCGCAAGAGAAACCGAUGCAGGCGCUGCCAAACGUAUUAGAGCGCUGACCGCUGCCGAAGAGUCCGACGAAGAACGUAUCGCAAUGCGCGACGGCCACGAUUCAGACUCCGAAGAGAGCUCGGACAGCGAUGACUCGGGCUCGGAUGAAGAGCCUGACGAUGCUACACGCAAGAAAGUGGCUAAGCAAGUUGCCACCCUGCAGCGUAGACGCAAGGAGAAACAAGAAGAGUCCAAGUUUCUCAAUCAGCUCAGCGUGGGCACUGCAGAAGAACAUUCCAGCGCAGCCCGCGAAACCACAUUUGAUGCACAGCUCCAGCAGAUGCGGCAGCAAGAAGCUGGCAAUUCCUCGGAUACUAUAUUGCGCCGCAACAACCGUGGUGAGGCUGAGCUGACGUUUAUUCCUAAAAAGAAGGAAAAGAAGAAGCGUGUCGAUUUCGCCGAUGACACUGACGCCCACAGUGACGCAAAGAACGGCAGAAGCCGUCCUCGCAUGGAAGGUAGGAGAAGAGCAAGCAAAAAUGUCUUCCGUGGUAUGUAG